AUGGCGAUCAUCAAGAUCGACAUUAAUAUAUAUGUCACCCUGAGCCUGCUUGACUCACAAGCUGUCUUUUUCCACAAGAAACUUGAAGGAAAAGAUCCAAGGGUUGUUCUUGCAAGUAGCAUAAACCCCAAGAUAGUAGGAGGUAUAUUUAUGUCUGGAAUUAAGGAACACAAAACUUAUACUAUAACUUACUAG